GACGACCCAUACAUUGGUAUCGGUAGUCGGUACGUGUCGUCCGCCUCUGUGUCUUUCACUUUGUCUGCAGCGGAACGCAAAGUAUGAAUAUUCUCGGCGUGGAACUGGACUCUACCACUCUACUAGCAAUUUUCGCUGUGUUACUUCUUGGUUUUUUGACCGCUGUUUCAUUACUGAAGUUUUACGCUUAUGUGACCUGCGGAUUCUUCCACGAAAAAGUUAGAAUGGAGGGAAAAACUGUAAUUGUUACCGGAGCGACGGGCGGGAUUGGAAAAGAAACAGCGCGGGAGCUGGCGAAAAGAGGAGCUAAAGUCAUUAUUGCUUGUAGAAAUGUUGAGUCUGCCAAAAAAGUAAGAGACGAACUAGCAGAAGACACAAAAAACCAAAAUAUCAUCGUAAAGAAACUUGAUCUCUCAUCUCAACAAUCAAUAAGAGAAUUCGCCGAAGAUAUCAACCGAACCGAAUCCAAAUUGGACGUUUUGGUCCAUAACGCAGGUACAGCGGAAAAUAAACUAAAAAAAUCAGAAGAUGGCAUUGAACUGACAAUGGCGACCAAUCAUUUUGGACCAUUUUUGUUAACACAUCUCUUAAUUGAUCUCCUUAAACGUUCAGCACCUUCCAGAAUAGUCGUAGUAGCUUCAGAAUUAUACCGACUAGCUUCACUAAAUCUAGACAAUCUCAAUCCUAGCAGCACUUGGUGCCCUGAAUAUUGGUACUACGUAUCGAAAUACGCCAAUAUAUGUUUUACUUUAGAACUUGCGAGAAGACUGGAAGGCACUGGAGUAACAGUCAAUUGUUUGCAUCCGGGUAUGAUUGACAGCGGAAUUUGGAGGAAUGUACCUAUACCGCUGAGUUGGGGUCUAAAAUUAAUAAUAAAGUGUUUCUUUAAAACCCCAAAACAAGGCUGUCAAACCUCAGUAUUUCUAGCUUGUUCCGAAGAAGUUAAAAAUGUAUCAGGACGAUACUUCAGAGACUGUUCUGAAAGACCCUUGAGCUCAGGAGCUCGAGACGUAUCCAAGGCAAGAAAAUUAUGGGAGUUAUCAGAAACUUUCGUAAAUUUAAGUAAUGAUGAUCCCAAACUUUAGUCAUAAACAUUAUAUUUAUAUUAUUAUUUUGAUUAAAAUUCUUUUAUAAAUAUUUUAUACUAAAAAUAAUUAAAUUAUAGACCUCAUAAUUUAUGUAGAAUGUGAUUAAGAUGUUUAAGCGGGUAAAUACGUACAUAAUAGAGCAAAAAUAAAUACGAUACUAC